AUGGCGCCCUCAUUUCUGAAGAACAACCACCUCGUGCAAAGCUUCACGCCGCGGCUGGCGGGUGCAGUCGGGCUCAUUGCCCUCUCGACACUCAACUAUGGAUUCGACAACCAAGGCAUCGCGACCAGUCAAGCGAUGGCGGCUUACAAGAAACAGUUUGGCGACUACGACCCCGCAACCAAAACCUGGGCGAUUCCAGCAUACUGGACCUCCCUUCUCAAUAGUUUAAACUUCAUCGGAUUUGCAAUUGGAUUGUACGUCGGCAGCAUCGUCAGCGCUCGAUACGGCCGUCGCAUGUCGAUGUUUUGCAUGUCGCUGUGGGCGAUGAUGUCUGCCACUGUCCUUCUCACCUCCAGUCGGAUUGAACAGGUGUUGGCAGGCCGCAUCCUCAACUACGCCUACAUCGGUAUGGAGCUGGCCACAUGCCCGCCGUUUCAAGCAGAGAUUGUCCCGGCCUCCGUCCGGGGCUUCGCGGUGGGUGCCUACCAGGCGAGUAUGCUGCUGGGCGGUGUCAUCAUCAACAGCGUGUGCCUGGGCACCAACGGGUUAUCUACCAAUGCCGCUUGGCGGAUCCCCCAAGGUCUAUUCUACGUUGUUCCGUCUAUCGUGGCAUCCUGCAUCUGGUUUAUUCCAGAAUCUCCUCGAUGGUUACUAUUGAAUGACCGUGCUGAGGAGGCGCUGGAGUCGCUCAAGAAGCUUCGCAGUUCAUCUAAACGAGACUACUGCCCCGAGGAAGAGCUUGAGCAUUUACGCGAGUCUCUCAGUCAGGAGCAAAACCAAGGCACAUACAUGGAUUUGUUCCGGGGCAGCAAUCGAAAACGCACCCUCAUAGCCAUAGGCAUGAACUUCUUCAUCCAAGCGACGGGGUCUCCCUUUACAGCUGCGUACGGCACGCUCUUCGUGCAAUCGCUAGGCACGAUUAGUCCAUUCGAUUUCUCCCUCAUGAGCUCGUGCAUCAAUUUCUUUUGCUGUCUGGUUGCUAUUUACAUCACCGACCGAGUUGGGCGGCGGCCACUGCUGAUGAUCGGGUCGACUCUGCAAGUGAUUUGGCUCUUCACCAUGGGAGGAAUUGGAACUGUAUCCUUUCCGACAACGGUCCAAACCCAAGUCAUUGUCGCUGCGACGGCCUUGUCGUCUGCUAGCUUGUGUGUGAGCUGGGAUCCAUUGAACUACGUUAUUACCACGGAGCUCCCGGCGACUCGAUUGCGCGAUAAGACGCAGCGGGUAGCAUCGAUCGUGAACAUCGCGACCAAUUUUAUCUUCUCUUUCUUCACACCCUACCUUCUCGAUGCGCCCUAUGCCGAUCUUAAUUCCAAGGUUGGCUUCAUCUUUGGAAGUCUAGCGUGCUGCUCCUUUGUAUUUGCCUUCUUCUGUGUACCGGAGAUGAAAGGACGAUCUCUCGAGGAGAUUAAUCAGAUGUUCCAAGAUGGUGUUCCAGUGCGGAAGUUUGGAACUCACCCUUUUGCAGCUGCUGCAACCGAGGAAGAAGCAGUAGAGAGGAAGAUGGAAAUAGACUAG